AGCCUGUAAACACUUCUUAGUAAAACCCGAUCAACUCCAGGAUUGUUUACAUUUCAAUAUACGAAAGAGUUCCGAAGUUAAUCUCCAAGGCCACCACCAAUUAUGUCCCGAAGUGCCAUACUCACCCGGAUGGAGACGGUCUGUGCCGAGGUUAUGGAAAUGCCGGAAAUUUUCCUCGACGAAAGUGAAACGGAGGACGACGAGGAGGAACUGCCCAGCGAAAGUGACAACGCCGCCGAGGAUGAAGAGUUGGAAGAUGGCGAUCUGGACGAUGAUGCGAAUGCGGAGGAUGAAUCAGGUUCCAAAGAUGCAGACUCAAAAGAUGAAGGCAAAAACGACAAAGCGAAAUCAGAGAAAAAAUACGGCAAAGAAAAGGGUGUUUCGGUUAAGGUGAACUGUGAAGAUAAAAAACAACGGACGAUAGCCAAGUGGAUUAGUCGCGCGCUAAAGACCGCAAUCAAUCCAAUCGUUUCUAGGUUCAACCUAAACCUUAAAGUGAAUCUAGAUCUUAAUGUAGCCAGCAAAGAUGAUGAUAAGAAAAGAUCGCCCGAAAAGCAGAAAACAAGUCUGGAUAAACCUCAACAGGAAUCAGGCGGGAAUGAUAAGGCAGCGAAAAAACCGACCCCGGGACAACUUCGAGCACAAGCCGAUCGGUCACGGAUACGUGAGCUCGAAAAAGAGAACAAGCGUCUGGAGAAAAUUUUCAACAAAAUGUUAGGAGUGUACACCGAGAUGAAGCAGAACCUUAGCAAUGCAAAGACGGAAAUUAAGGAGCUUCAAGGGUCACUAAACAGUAGCCAAAAUGCAAUAAAUGACUUGAAAAAAGAAAAAGAUGUGAUUUUGGACAAAGUUGCAAACAAAAUCGAGCAAGUGAAAAAACUUGAACAGGAUAUCGACAAAUUGAACAAUCAACUGGCUUCAUCUCGUGAAUCCCAAUUAGCACUCCAGCAAGAAAAAGAUGCAAAUCUUAAAAGUAUUAAUGCCUUGGAAGACAAAAUCGCGAUACAACAGCAACAAUUUGACGCACAAAAUAAAGAUGUAAAAAAGCUGUUAGAAGAGGAAAGAGAAAAGGUAGAAACGAAAACGAAGGAAUUGAACCUAUUAAGCGAUCGAUAUAGUACGCUUGAAGAAAGAAUACGAAUCAGCGAAGAAGCUAACCAGCGAAUCAUUGAAAGCCACAGGCUCAGGGAAACCAAACUUGAAGCGAAGAUACUCGAACUGAGAGAACAAAUUCUUCAGUUGAGCAGAGGACCUUCCACCGGCACAGAGAAUACCACUCAAAGGGUCAGCACAGGUCCAGCAACAGACGGGUCUUUCGCGUGUCCCAUUUGCAAGAAAGGUUUUCGAAAUGUAGCCGACCUACAAAUUCACGCCGAAAAUUGCUUCUAAUAAAGGGUACACCAACUUUUUCUCUUA